CUCCUGCUGACUGCAGCUGAAGACUGAAGCAGGCUUCUCUUGGGGAUCUCCAACACCACUACCCUAACAGAAUGAAGUACGCACAGUAUGUUUUCCUGGCCUCGAUCUUCUCCACUGUUGAAUAUUGCUUAGCCCAGUCCUGUGCAGUGGAGUCUUUUGCUGUGAAAGACAAUUUUGAUCCAAAAAGGUAUGCAGGGAAAUGGUAUGCCCUGGCCAAGAAGGAUCCAGAAGGCCUUUUCCUUCAGGACAACAUCUCUGCUGAAUACACCGUGGAGGAAGAUGGCACAAUGACAGCAUCUUCCAAAGGCCGCGUGAAACUUUUUGGGUUCUGGGUGAUCUGUGCCGACAUGGCUGCUCAGUACACAGUACCUGACCCAGCCACUCCAGCUAAGAUGUACAUGACCUACCAGGGCCUGGCCAGCUACCUCUCCAGCGGUGGGGACAAUUACUGGGUGAUUGACACCGACUAUGAUAACUAUGCUAUUACCUACGCCUGCCGCAGUCUAAAGGAGGAUGGGUCCUGUGAUGAUGGCUACUCCCUGAUCUUCUCACGCAACCCCCGUGGCCUCCCCCCAGCCAUCCAGCGCAUUGUGCGCCAGAAGCAGGAAGAGAUCUGCAUGUCUGGCCAGUUCCAGCCUGUGCUGCAGUCAGGGGCCUGCUAGAAGGACACUUCUGAUCCUAUCCUUAAGCACAGAAACCAGGCCUCUUGGUCUUGAAGUUGCCACUCAGAUAAUAAAAAAAGAAUAAAUCAUAGUAUGGACUAGUGUGUUUUUCCUGAAAAGCACAUUAAAAUUUUUUUGUAACCUGUGUGCAAUAUAGUAUUGAUAUUUGAAUUUAAAGGGGAAUACCUAACGUGGCAUUUGUCAAUAAACCUUUUUAAAA